AAUUUAAUUCUCUGAACCAUUUGAAAUCUCUUCAACAAUUUAUAAAAUCAAGUUUGAUAAUAUAUUCCGAUGGAUUCUCAGCCGAUGAAGGUCAACAAGGGUGUCGCCGGCAGGAAGGCCGGCGGCCCGAGGAAGAAGUCGGUCACUCGCUCCGUCCGAGCCGGUCUUCAAUUUCCGGUGGGUAGAAUCGGCCGGUACCUGAAGAAAGGUCGCUACGCCCAGCGCGUCGGUACCGGCGCUCCCGUUUACAUGGCCGCCGUUCUCGAAUACCUCGCCGCCGAAGUGUUGGAGUUGGCCGGAAACGCUGCAAGGGACAACAAGAGGAACAGGAUCAUCCCGAGGCACAUUCUGCUUGCGGUGAGGAACGACGAGGAGCUCGGGAAGCUGCUGACCGGCGUGACCAUCGCCCACGGCGGCGUGCUACCAAAUAUAAACCCCGUUUUGCUGCCGAAGAAGAAGGAAUCCGACGUCGCCGGGAAGGAACCCAGUUCAGGGAAAAAGGCGGCCAAGUCUCCGAAGAAGGCCGCCGCUUAGACGAUGUUGAAUAGCUUCGGAUUUAGGGUUAAAGCAGUUUUUAGUCUAUAUAAAUAUGAAUAUUAAUGGCUUCUUCUGUUUAGAUCUGAUGUAAAAGCUUGAUUAUGUAUUAAUGAAGCUUUUUGUUUCUAUAAUGGACGGCUUUAAUUUCGUUUC